AACUCUCCAGCGUUUGGAGGUAGAAAAAUGACAACGCAAUGUCUCGACCAACGUCGGGAAGACCUGUGACAGCAAAAUCGGUGUCCCUAGUGGUUCCAAACCUCUCUGGAUAUGUAUUUACAGAAAAACUAGGAAGCGGUACCUACGCUACAGUAUACAAAGCCUAUAGAAAGAGUGGAAACAGACAAGUUGUAGCUAUAAAGUGUGUUGUGAAAAGUUCCUUGAAUAAAGCAUCUACUGAAAACCUUCUGACUGAGAUUGAACUUCUUAAGAAACUGAACCAUGAAAACAUUGUCAGACUUGAAGAUUUCCAGUGGGAUGACCAGUACAUUUAUCUUAUCAUGGAGUAUUGUAAUGGAGGAGAUCUGUCUAACUUCAUUCGAUCAAAAAGGACAAUUCCAGAAAAUAUCCUCAAACGAUUUUUACAACAGAUAGCAAAAGCUAUGCAGUACUUACAUGAGUUUAACAUAGCACACAUGGACCUUAAACCUCAAAACAUACUUUUAACUUCUGAGUACAACCCUACUAUGAAAAUUGCAGAUUUUGUUUUCUCCAAACACUUAUUCCAAGGAGAUGAACUGCAUGUGAAGGGCUCUCCUCUAUAUAUGGCCCCUGAAAUAAUCUGUAAAGGCACUUAUGAAUCCAGAGUCGAUCUUUGGUCCAUUGGUGUUAUUAUAUAUGAAUGCUUGUUCGGGAGAAUAAAUGUUGUUGCCAAUGCUGUGAAGAAAGAUCAGAAUGGAAUGUACAAAGACGCCGUAAAGCUUUACUGCGUCCUGGGACACUUUAUUCCUGCUAUCCACUUCGAGAAAGAUGAGAAGAAGAAAGAGGCGAUUCGAGCAAAAGUGAGGGAAUAUAUGAACAGGGCAGAGGAACUGAAGAAAAUGAUGAAGCCAAUGAGACCGCCACCUCCAGCGAAUGGUUUCCAGCGGACCAUCUCAGAGGACCCUUUAGAGGAACUCUUGCAGUUAUGUGAAGAUGAUGAGGAACUGACAGCAGCCCUGAAAAUUGUAAAGGCAGCAUCUGUUGAGAAUUCACAAGAAGAAUAUGAAAAAGCACUAAAACACUAUGAAUUAGCACUGUCAACUUUUAUAAAACAUCUCAAAGAAGAGAAGCCUGGUCAUAAAAAAGAUCUCCUAGGUAAGUUAUCACAUGGUUGGAUGGACGAAGCAGAGAAGAUCAAGAUGUUUCUGUCUGUACGAGAAUUGAAGACCGAGGAUACAUCUGUUAAAGAAGAGGAAACGGAAAAGAAAUACUUUGCCAACGAAAAGUGUGGGAUCCAGUAACUGACAGAGUUCUUACCAAGAAAAUGUAUCAUGUAACUCAAACAGAAAAUCUAUCGUGUAACUCAAACAGAAAAUCUAUCAUGUAACUCAAACAGAAAAUCUAUCAUGUGAAUAAUGCAAGACUUAGUAUUUAUUUCUAGCAAUUGUCAUAAUUUAAGUGCUUAAAGGACACAACGCAUGUUUCUAAACUCUUUCAUUUUUUCAGCAAAAUUAACUGUUUUUAUGCCUAAAACUACUUUAAAUGUGUUUUAAAUGAAAUAUUUUGUGUAGUUUUCGAGUUUGAAAGCGAUGAAAUUCAAAUCUUGCGAUAUGCAUAUUUUCUUUCGCUAGUUUACGCGCCAUUAUGUGUGAUGUCAUAUGCGCCCUCAGGUUUGAAAACAUCUAUUAUCCAUUUCAUAAACAGAUUAGAUUUAAUCGACAAAAAACCAAUUAUCACGUUAACGGCUUGUAAAUAAUAAUGCAUUAAGAUGUUUUGUGCCGUGCUUGGGUGUACUAGUUGUCGGUAGAAAGGAUUUAGACUGAGUAUUUUUCAAUUUUUCGAAGGAAGGUACGAGAAAAAAGACGUGGAUAAUUUUUUUGUUGGAGCAAGAACUUUACCUUAAAAAACACACCCAGUCACCUUUUCAAACACCGCUUGGACAGAGACCCUGAUAAACUGCGAGAAAAUGGAUAUAUCGAAGCUAUAAGCACUGGUAGGCCUAUAGCAUACAUUCUGUUUUGCUCUUCAAAUUGAAUACACACUCGGAUCAACUGACCUUCACCUUGUAACAACAUAUAUCGACGAUACAAUGUAACUUCUACCAACUGGUAGAUUUACAACAACAACAAAAAAUCAAAGAUACAAAAUAAUUGAACUUUUAAUUAUACAAAUAAUAGAAUAUUGUAUUUCCUAACUUUAAAUUGAAUUAUAAAAUUAUUUCCUUAUUGAACUCGUAGCAUCUUGAUUGUGUCAGUAGGCUAUAACCGUGCUCCCACUUCGUACUUCCUAAAGACGUGCAGAUCACAAUUCAAAAAUAGUAAUAAGAUUGCUUUAUCAAAAUAAAAUAAUGUGAUUACCACUUUAAAUUUGAAUAUUUUUAUUGAUUUGUGUGUGUGUUGUCUUUUUUUUCCUUUCCGAAAUGCAUGCGUGACAAUAGCUUGGCAACAAUUUAACAUAUCAUAAUUUGUCUAAUCCAAAAAUAAAUAAUGAUUGCACUGUUUAUUUUAGAAAAACAGCGCCAAUUACAGGUGUAUAAAGGAGUAACAUCCCCAAACAGUUUGUAGACAGCAACCCAUAUAAACAUUAUUUACUCACAAUAUUGCCUAUUUCAUACACGCUUUACUCGCUAUAUUUGGGUAUUUACAUUGUUAUAUGUGUGCACUGGUGGCAAACACAUAUAAAACUCGGACAAUUUGUCAACAUCGAUUUAAAUGUUGCCCAUGGUAAAUAAAUUAGGCCCCUAAAAGUUGAGUUUUUAAUAAUAUCUCGCAGUACUUUCACAAUCCGAAGGGCGCAUGUGACGUCACUGUACCACGUGACUACCUACCUAAUUAACUUGACUUUUUGAAAUCGGGGCUUAGAUUUAAGUCUGUAUUGUGGUUAAUUAUCACAAAAUUUCGGCGAACGAACUUUUAGAAUUAAUUACUAUAAGCAUAAAGAAGACAAAAUGCAUGUAAUAUUGUAUACUUUGAAAACAUGAGAUGUGUCCUUUAAAGACACUGAUAAAUCAAGUAACAGUUUUCAUUAUAUGCCAGAGACAUUUGAUAUACAUAAAGCAAUAAUUGACUGAUGACAAAAGUUUGUCACAUUAAUAUGAAGCAUGUUUUUAAAAUAGCCUAAACUUGAUAUGAAUAUCAAUGAAACCAUUGGAUUGAAAUGGUAAAAGGAAUUAGUAAAUUUAGUAAAUGGUAUAGUACAUAUCUAUAAACAGUAUGCUGCUUUUGGAAUGAAGCUGUUGAAAACCUGCACAUCCUAUGGCCUAUAUAUUUACAAUGGACACCCUUGAAGGGGAUGGGCACACAGCCAUGAAUGGUAUCGAAAUUGUUCAGCUUGAUGAAAUACUUAAAAAUAUUUCCUGAUACUUUGUAGUUAAAGUACAUGUAAGUAUUUCCUGAUCAUCCAAGUACCUCUAAAUACUUCCUCAUAGUUGCAGUACCAAGAGUAUAUACACAUGUACAAAUAUUUCUCGAUAGUAUGGGAAUAGGUUAUCUUGUAACCAAUCAUGAAAGCCCCCUCCCUCUCCCUGAACGGUGUUAUCUAGAGUUUAUUGAUAACUGCACAAUUCUCAAAAGGCAAUCAGAGAUUGAGAUACACCUGUUGUUUUUUUGUUUUUGUUUUUUUUAAUACAUAUAUUGUGAUGAUUUACUGUUCAUGGGUGAUUUACAGUAAGGGGGGGGGGGUGCUGUCACUUAUUAUUUUGGCCAAUGCACUCUUCAGAUUUGUAUUGGAACUAAAAUGAUAUUGUCAAAACAAUCACAUUUAUUGCUUUAUUGAUGGCAUCAUCUUACUUGUGUCAAACUCUCUACAAUUUUCAAAAGACCACACUGUACGUAGUGUCACAUAUGAGGUUUUUAAUUAAUGUAGAACACCCCCAACCCCAGUAAUGUUCAUGUAUUUGUAGGAAAGUUGAAUGAUUUUGAAAAUAUGAAAUAAAUAAAUAGGAUUUCUUUAUGUCAGGUGUAUACUGAAAAGUGCAUCUUAAUUUACCAGCAUCUUAAAAGUGUUGUUUAAUUUACUAGUGUCCAGAAAAGGUUAUAUUCCUUACUGAUUCCUCAAACAGCAUAGCUGUUCCUUGUAGAUGACUACUAAGUGCAUAUUGAGGUCAAAAGUGAUGACAGCUGAUGUCUUUAAAUUGCUUUUAACAAUUGUAUAUUUCAUUAUUAUGAUGUCAAUCAUGCAAGUGCUAUCAAAAGUAUUUACCCUUUACACAGCAGAUUAUUUGUGGAUAAGUAAAUUUUUCAUUUGAAUAAAUCUAUAUACCGGUAAUUUGUAAAAUACUGUAGAUUCAUUUAAAUUCCUGGGGGCCAUUUUUCGUGGAUUGCUGAAUUUUUAUGGGUUCGUGGGGAUGUAAUUUCCUUGAUUUAUAUAUUUGUAAGAAAGAUAACUCUGGAAUGUUUGCUUUGUCUUUAUUCGUUGAGGAUGUAAAUUCGUGGGUGAGGAGCACCCGCAAAUUCCACGAAAAUUGAGCCACCACGAAUUCUAAUGAUUCCACAGUAUUUAAGAAUGUGUGCUUGUGAAGUUUUUGCAAGUGAUAUUUUUAUAGUGUCAAUUGGAAUUUGAUCUCAACAUUUCUAUAGAUAGAUCCUGCAUGGAUAAAAAAAAAACUCAAGUACAUGUAUGUUACUGCAAACAGUAAUUUGAAAGUAAGUUUAUUUUCAAAAAGAAAAAAGUGGAAAUCGUUAAAAUUUUCUUUUUCACGAUGCUUGCUAUUUUGGGAUUUUAUUUUAUAAAUCAGGAAUUCUCAGGAUUCAGUUUUAUCUGAUAUAUAAAAAGUUGUAAUGCUUUGAAGAGGGGUUUAGUAAUAUGUAGUAAAGGGUUUAGUAAUAUGUAGUAAAGGGUAAUAUGUACAUAUGUAGUAAAUAUUUUUUUGAAGAGUCUGAUCAAGCUUUAAUAACAAGGUUCACUCAUAAAUUGUACGUACAGCUUUCUAUCUUGAUACAAACAUAGACAUCCACCGCAUGCUUUCUUUAAUUCUAAGUUUUGGUAUGUAAUAUGAAGUAAAUUGCAUGCAUUUCAAAAAAAGUUUAUGUUUGUUAUAAGACAGAAAUUUAAUGUGCAAAAUUUAUUAACAUUUAAGUGCAGAAAUGUUUUGUCAUUAGGUUUGUUAAAUAGACUUUACUUUAUUUUAUGCUACAUUUAAUAUGGAUUAUUCAUCCAUGCUUAUCAUAACAAGGGUAUAUUUGAAAUGGCUAAACGUUGAAGUAAAAGUGCAAAAGGUCAAAUUCAAUGCCAUAUAGCUUAUUAAUAAGCACAUAGACCCCUACUUUUUCUUCUGAUUUGUAACUUGUCCUAAGUUUAAGGAAGAAAAAGAUAAUUUGCAAAGUUUUUUUUAUUACUCUCAUACCCCGGAGCAAACAUCCAUGAAUGAGCAUAUAGUAUCUGUAUGAUUGCUUUAAUGUAUGAGUUAUUGAUUGCUGUGGAAGUUUGAAUGUAAACUAUAUUGCCAAUUUUUAUAUACAUGUACAGUUGUAUGUUCAUGGUAACUUGUUAUAAUUAAAUUUUUGUUUUUUUAUUGA